GGGGCCCCAAAGCCCUUGAACUUGAGGGCUUCGGUGAAUUCGGGGAAGGAAAACUGGGGAUGGCCAAGGCAGCCAGACAUUUGCGGGACUCAACGCUCCUGACCUCUCCCCUCUGCCCGCCCGCCCAAGACACGACGCGGGUUCGGCGGCCAAACCGGGAUACAGCCAGGGCGUCUGGGCAGGAGGGAGGAGGGCCAGGCCGGGAGGAAGGAGUCCGGGGCCGCUGCCGCCCCGCCCGUCGGGCUGUCCGCCCCGCCUACCUCUAACGAGGCGGAGCCGGCGCCCGCCCGGAGGAGCCGGAGGAGGAGGAGAGGUCGGAGCCGUCUCCAGGAGCCCUUAGAGACAGAGUCCCCGGCAGCGGCGGUGGCGGCAGGGGAAGCGCACCGGCAGGCAAGUGAGCACCCAGCGGCGGGCGCAGAUUCAUUCCAUCACCUAAAACCCGGUAACAGUGGGCCACGCAGAGUCUUACUGACUUCAAGUAGGAACCAUAACUGAAGAUGUCAAGCAAAACCGCCAGCACCAACAACAUCGCCCAGGCCAGGAGAACCGUGCAGCAGUUAAGGAUGGAGGCCUCCAUUGAAAGAAUAAAGGUUUCAAAGGCAUCAGCAGACCUCAUGUCCUACUGCGAGGAGCAUGCCAGGAGUGACCCUCUGCUGAUGGGGAUACCAACUUCAGAAAACCCUUUCAAGGAUAAAAAAACCUGCAUCAUCUUAUAGAGGAGCAGUGAGGCGGUUCCUCCCCUGUUCUCACAAAGCAAAUUAUGAGCAGCUCCUUGAAAAGAUUGACCCUUCAGCUUAUUUGGUAACCACUGCUAAUAACUAAAACACUCUUAACUUGGAAUCAUGGACUCUGAAGUCUUUAUUUUCCAAGUUGUCCUCUCUCUAAAAUACCCUUUACUAAAUUAAUACAGAAUAACGAUCUUGUUUUUCCAUUCAGGUUACUGCUGAAGGAAAGUUGGUCUGGCCUUUUUAAAAAAAACACACAAUUAGAUACUUUUAAAUGUAUGAGUGAUCCAGUUAAGACCUAAAUUACCCAAGCACCCAUCUAGAUUAAAAAUGUCAAGAAUAACUUAAGUCCUAAAAACCUUUCUAUCAUAGUGUGUUCUUAAUAGGGUUGUGCCAAUCUGUACAGUAUAUGUGGGCGAGGAGUGUUUUGUGUAUAUAUAUAUAUGUGUGUGUUUGUAUAUACACAUCUCAAAGCUUGUUUCCUUAGUAAAAAAAUGUCUCUCUCUCCAUAGCAUCAGUUCCUCAACUCCAGAAGUUAUACCUUUAUCUUGAGCUGUGUGUAGGCAGAGUUAAACCCUUUUCUUGUAGUUACUGUACAAAAAGUAAAGAACACCCUUAAGUUUGUAUUCAUCGUGAUUGAAUAAUGAAGUCCUCUCUCUCCUUUUGAAAUCUUGCUGACCUCUUAGGCUACAAUAACCUGUGCCAAUUAACAUUUAGAAACUGAACUAAAAGCCCUUUGAUAAUAGGAGGUAUUAGCUCACCAAGGGCUCUCGGGCUUCAGUGAUCCUGAGUCCAGAAGCAGGGAGGAGGCCGUUGGGGAUCCUCUGGGCAGCUGUGCGCCUGGGCGCCCGUUCUCUGCGUCAUGGUAGACACCUCUGAGAGCUCCGCUCGAAUGAUGGGAACAGAGCAGAAGUGCGUGAAAACCAGCUGCUCUUCUUGGCCUCACUUUGUGGUUUAGCUCGCUUUCUCCGCCUGCCUUGCCUUGUGUCUUUCCUCUGCUGCUAGAACCUCUAUCUUCAGAGGUAAUUUUCCCCUCCCCAGCCCCAAGUGGGUGGAAUGUGGUGGCAGAGAAACAUACAAAGAACAUAAAGGUAUCGACACACUUAAGCUCUUUUCAGAGCUCUGCAGCAUCAGCGUCCUCCCUACCUUGUCCACACGCCAUCCGAGAGAGCCUUGGGUUCAGUGGUCCACUCCUUGGGCCCGCGGGGUCCAGCAGCGGGGGGUGUCAGGUACCUUGUUUUCCUCUGGGCAUGAAAUUUCCAGUGGGGAAUCCCAAAAGAAGGCAUCUCCUAUGGCCAGAGGGAGGGUAUGUUAACUUGACCAAAAAGGAAGAGAGGGUCCAUCUUUCUAAAUCCUCAUGUACAAGCCCAAACCAUACACCAGGCCUUUGAUAUUUUAAUUCCUCUUCAGUUCAUUAAAAAUAGCUACUAAUGAAGGAUUAAAAACUUAUUCUC